CAAUAAUGGAUAUGCUGUGCAAAGAAUAUACUUCAUUUCCUCUGCACACAGAGAAGUUCGACUAACUUGUAAAGUUUUCGCUAGAGGUCAGUGGUGACAAAUGAAUAUUUACACUAAAUGCAUAGCAACAGGUCUCCGAAGGUUCCGUAUCUUGGGGCGAGUUUCUACGAUUGUCGCAAUCAUUUACUGACACACUGUUAAUUGGUAAAAUGGCUCUGGGUGGCAUUAACACGAUACAAAACCUAACUAGUAAUGACUGGUAAUUAGAGGCUGCUGUUAGUUUUACCUUUUCCCACUGAGAUAAAUAGGAGACGCUAAAUUCUAAGAAACAUCUGGUUUCAAAGCUAGAUUGUAAAAUUGGCACCUGUCGCUGUCUGACUAUAAAUUGCACCUGCCUCAUCAAAGUGUAAAGAGGAAAAGACAAGUUAAUGACGGCAAGCUCUUAAAAGUUGGAGCUAUAUAAAUACCAAUAAUAAUAAUAAAUAAAUAAGCAUAUUUACAGGAACACUGUACACAAACAUAUAAUCCUAAUGCUAUAGUGUUUCCCUACCUAUGUAGGUGUCCUCCCUCCUUACAGGGGUUUAAAAGAUACAUUUUACUUACCUUACAUCCUGCCGAACGCCUCCCUGGAUGAUCUCAGGAUAACGUGCAUGGUUGCAAAACACCAUGCUGUGCCAAUCAAAUGCUCUCAAUGGUUAUCUGUUGUAGCUGCAAAAGUGCCUUUAGUGCUUGUCUUCCUGACAGCUACUUGAAGCGUGUUAACCCUGCAACAAAAAUGUUGCUGUUCCUGCAAAACUGCAAUGUUUUACAAUACAGGGUUAAAAUGACAGGGACAUAAUCCCCAUACCGGUUCAUUGAGAUGAAGUGUCAUGGGGGCCUAUAGAGUCCCUUUUUAAGGACUAAAGCCUAGAUUUUAGUCAUUUUCCCAAAUAAUUGUGAAAUUUAGACAGGUUUAUGGAAAGACUAAGGUAACUCAGAAGAUCACUGGUGAAGAACAUCUGCUGAUCUACUGGUUCCUGGAAGAGUUGCUAUGGCAAUUAACUAGAAACCAUGCUUUAUUUCAAAAUGGUUAACACUAAAGUUGUGGUUGGUAUCAAUGGAGGUGGUAGUAGGUUCCAUGCAGAUGAUAAAGAGGAAGGUUGACCAUGAAAAUCUUUUGGUAAUUGUUUGCUGCACACAUCUACCACCAGAUGGUAUUAACAAUGCUUGACAGCUUUUUUUUAAUGACAAGCAUUGAAACAAACUCUUUGAUUUUAUGGAGCCAACUUAUUGUUGAUAUUGUUAUGUUAAAUUAGGUAGGGACCGAUGUUUAAUUCCUGAUCUCGCAGGAUGAAAAUCAAAACAUUCAGAUGUUGUGGAGGAGUUAUCAGCCUUUACUAAGAGUGUGACCUUUAAGUAAAUGAGUAUUGCUCAUCUUUUACAUGGGUGCAUUUCACACCAACAUCGUACAAUGUGUCGCUGACUCCACUUCUUCCAUUGUACAUAACACAGUUGUGUCUGUUACAGACCAGCAGGUGAGUCAGCCUCUUCAAUGACUGACAUAUUGAAACACCAUAAAAGCAGGAUUUUGGAGCUAGCUUAUGGCUUACGCUCUAUCUAUAUCUUGUUUUUUUUUCUAAGAGUCAGACAUGCUAGGGAGAUCUAUCGAAGUACCACUAAUUAAUCUGCACCUUUGUGGUGAUUUUCCUGGGGUGAAUUAUUAAUUCACAUGAACUUUUCCAAUAUUUUAGUUACAUUUUUAGUAUUUUCUGUCACAUUUCCUUCUGCAUCAUGUUUUGUGUAAUGAAUUUAGUUUAUCAAUUGUUAAUUUUCUUUUUGCACCAAGGUUGUUUUCUUUUCUGGCUUUUUCUUACACAGUUUACACAACAUUUUGGUGUAGGAAUAUAGGUAAAGCACUUUGACCUCAACUUGGGAAUCAAAGCCCUGAGUGCUCCUGUCACAACUGGGACUACUACUGCCUUCACUUUCCACAUCCUUUCUAGUUCUUCCUUCAGUCCUUAGUAUUUGUAUAUCUUCUCAUAUUCCUUCUUCCUGAUGUUAUGGUCACUGGGUAUUGCCACAUCCACCACCACUGCAAUCUUCUAUUCCUUGUCUACCACCACAAUGUUAGGUUGGUUGGCUAAUAUACAGAAAGAGUGUCCCAUUAAGGGACCUUUAGUGUGUCAAGGGAAGUUAGGAAGGGGGUAAACCUGAAUAUUGCCAAAAUGUACAUUAAAAGUGGCCAAUAGACAUAAUGUCCAGAGGACCCAUUAAAGUCCCUAGGAUUUGUAAGAAAUGUAUUUAAAUCUAAAACCCCUAUUUAUUGAAGAACAUAAGUAUCACAUAAAAAAAACACACAAUAUAGCAUCCCCUUAACCCCUUAAGGACACAUGACAUGUGUGACAUGUCAUGAUUCCCUUUUAUUCCAGAAGUUUGGUCCUUAAUGGGUUAAAUGGCUACACAGGUUAGUGUACUCGUCAAUGCCUCAGAAUAAGGCGCUUUAGCAGUGCCGAAACGCGUGUCAGGCUUUUUUAUUUUUUUCAGGGCAUGUUUUAGUUUGGCACUUCUUUAUUAUUGUGUGAGGGUUUAUAUAGCAAUCAAAGUGGGUGGAAACUCUCUUCUAUGAGGACUAUUUGGGGCAUUUUCUGCAUACAGUAUGGAUAGAACUUUCUCUAAUGGCAUGAAGCUUUCAUUGUUGUAGUCUACAUUCUGGCUAACCUAGCUAGCGACCAAGACAUUUGUUGGUAUAAUAGGUUAGCCUGGCUAGUUGGGGCAUUUCUUUCAUGACAGCAUCAAAGGAUAGACUGGGUGGUCUUUAUACCUUUGCAAGCCUUCAAUCAAUUUUUUUAGAUACCGACCCUGAAGUCGAAUUUUUCAUAAUUAGUUUAGUGAAGGCUUCUCUGUGUAUGCCAUUGUCUCUCCUUUAGCCUCUCAGAUUUUCUGCACAAUAUUGGUCCAGCAUUUUUGGUUACAGUAUCUUACAAGCUUAUCAGUGUUCAGCAUUAUAGGCUUUAUGUGCUAGCAGUAGGAGGGAACAUUGUUCAAGUUCUGCUUGUAACAUUAUCCCACUAGUUUAUCUUUGUUCUGUUUUAUAGGCUAACUUUAUCACUUUUUGAGACAUAGAUCUCCUGUUGGUUGGCGAGGCUUAUGCCACAUAGGCUUUCAUAUUAUAGCUACCUUCCUACUAUAGUCCAAUAGCUUCCUUUAUUCUGCUACCCCACUCACCCACUAGGUUUGCUGAGCUAAUUAUCUCCCCUUAUGAUACUUAUGUUGUUUAAUAAAUAGUGGUUGUAAUUGUAAAUAUAUUUUUCUUUUAAAUCCUAAGGACAUUAAUGUGUCCUCUGGACUUUAUGUCCAUUGGCCACUUUUAAUAUGCAUGGUUGGCUAAUACACUUGCUUGUCUGUCUGGAUCUGAAUGUUCCAUAGGACUUGCCAUUUUCAACUGUCCAUUUGUUUGUGGUAUCUCCCAUCUCCAGCCCAUAUAAUGUGCAGAUAUUUCAGUGCACAAUCCCAGUAACUCUACUAUAUCUUGUCCCUGCUAACAUCUUGUACCCAGCUACUAUCGGCUGGAUUGUCUCAGAGGCCUCUUUGCACAGUCUGUACUUUGGGUCUUGUAUGUUGUGGUAGACCCCUAUUUCUAUUGAUCUGGUGUUGAGGGCCUGUUUAUGUGCUAGUAGGAUUAGUGUCUUAGUACUGUCUUUCAGUCCUGCAUUUCCCAACCACUGGUAUUAUUUUGUAAUGUGAGACACAAACUAUCUGCUGGUGGUACACCCCAUUGAGAGGAUUGUCUUGCCAUGGAACCUCUACCUUUUCUGCAUUCUCUAUCUGUUGUCUCAUGAAUUCCCUUAGCAGUUGAUCUUUCGGAGCCAUCAAUGUACUUCUGAAUCCAGGACUGUAGCUUUGACACUCAUCAGACCACAACCUCAAUCCUUCUGGCUGGUGUACAGUCUCUGAGUGCUGGAUUUCAGGUUGAAUCCUCCAUUUAUAGUGAGAAGUGUUUGGAUCUUGACAUCCAUGGAUACCAACUUUUCUCUUGGCCAGGUUAUUAUUCCAGUUGGAUACUAGAUGACUGGUAGGGCAUAUGACUUGAUGGCUUGGAUCUUGGUCUUGAGAUGGGACUUCAGGACCUGUCUAACUCUUUGGAGUUACUUAAAUGUUGUGUCUGUCUAUCUAUCUAUCUAUCUAUCUAGCUAGCUACACCUAUAUCUAUAGCUCUCCCUCACCAAAGAAUCUGGGUCCACUUCCAUGCACUGUAAUAAAAUCCCCUGCUAUUCCAACCCUAAUCAGGAGAGAUGCAGAGUGUGUGUGAUAUCAGCAGCAAAUCAGAGUUUGUGAUUUGCAUAGUAUAUUUUCCAGCUUCCCACUUUGCAGAAAAUAAAAAGUUUUUUUGAAUUUCCAGAUGAUACUGUGUGCCAAAAUGCUCAAGGAGAAGCAAAUAUUAGUCCGGAAUUUUAAAACAAACUGCUGUACAGUUAAAUGUAAUUUUUAAAGUGCAAUUAAUUUCACACACACAAUUUCUUAUGAAAUUUAUACUUUAUUACUCAUCCUUACAGACAUUUAAUUCUCAUUUAAAGGGAUACUGUAGUGACAGGAAUACAAAGCUGUAUUCCUGGCACUACCGAUCCCUCUGCCUCCCCCCUCCCUCUCGCCCCACAUCCCCUGUAAAUAAAGGGUUAAAAAGCCUUUAUUUACUUACCGUAUCCCAGCACUGAUGUCCAUUGGCGCUGGGUCGAUCUCCGCCCAUUCCGACAUCCUGCGACAAGCGGGGUCUUAUGCGCAUGCGCGGAAAAUGCUGCACGCGAAUUCCACCUCCCUAUAGGAAAGCAAUGAAUCAAUCCUUUCCUAUGGGGGAAAAUCUGACGUUGAAGGUCCUCAUGCAGAGCGUGAGGUUGUCCAGUGUCAGUUAAAGGACCAAAAGUCUGUUUCGAUUACGAAAGCCCUGUAGUGGCAGUCUGUUAGACAGUCACUGAGGGCAGAGUUAGAGCUGCAAUGUAAACAUUGAGUUCCUCUGGAACUGCAAUGUUUUACAUUGCAGCACUAAGUGCAAUGUGGACACAGCACCCAUACUAUUUCAAUUAGCUGAAGUGGUCUGGGUGCCUACAGUGUCCCUUUAAUGUAAAGCUCAACUAAAGGUAAAUUAGACAGAAUAUAUAUUUUCUCACUACAGAUAUAGUGUGGGGUUUCUACAAUGUUAAAAUGUCUUUUAAAAUGGAUAGAACAUGGUUUAAACAUAACUUUUAUUAUAAUUUGAAGAUAUUCACUAACAGAGAUAAUGAUGUGAAAAAGCUGGCACUAGAGAAAUAAUUGAACUUGGUGGAACACACAGUGCUUGAUACGUGAAGGUGUGUGAUUAGAUUGUGCACUUAUAACCACACAAUGAUAGGGAAAACAGUACAAUCUGUUAAAUACUGUAAAUCAAACAAGAACAGAGACUGCCUGCAGACAGUCCUAUAAUUCUCAAGAGCAUUUUAUAAUUCAGUUUGCUGAUUUUUCAGUCUUAGAUUAGGACUUCUCCAUGUGGUCCAGCUCUGGACCAUAGUAAGUGCCACAUUUUACAAAUGACAGACGUCAAAGUUCCACUCCCCGUUGGCUGUUUUUAAGUGUUUUAUACUUUUAGUAAAACAUUUCUUAUCUCUUUUAGUAAAUUUCUUUAUCGCCUUGAGGAAAAGGCUCAUUGUUUUUAAUAUUUUAAUAUAUUAUAAUUAAGGUCACAUUGUAAUCAUGCUAUGGUCCUAGGAUGCCCCAUUCUGUUCUACCAGGGAUUUAAAAACCCAGACAUAUACCAGGACAUGAGGAUUUGGAAACUGACUUCGAUAUUUAUGAUUACAUAGUAUUUAAUAACGUAGAUUAGUUAUCGUACUCAUUUCUGUUUGAGCUAUUGAUCUACUGUGAGUUAUCAGUAAUGUUAAUUUUAGUGAGAUUUUUUGCUUGUCAGAUGGAGAGGAGCAGUGGAGUGCUGGGGCACAGUCUGCCCUGAAUGGCAGCAGGGAGGAUGGUGGUCUGGAGAAAACGGUAAUCUCAUGAUGAGCCAAACAAGAGCCUAGAGCAGCCCAGUGGGACAGCGUAGAGUAACGACCUACAUGAAUGGAGGGUCGGUGUUCAAAAUCACAUCCAACCCCCUCUCCUAACUCAGAGGCACUAUUGGAAGGGAGCCACACAUGGGGAGUAGGGGGAUAACCAUGAAUAGGGUAGACAAAAAUGAGUGAGAGAUGGGGAGAAAGAGAAGUAGUGGGAAGUGGGAGAGCAAUAUUCACACUCAUAUAUGACAUAAGUAAGAGAGCACAGAAAAGAGUUAAACGUGAUUUGCUCAUGACUAAAAGCUCACACCAGCUCUGCACAACUGAAUUAUCCAACACCCUGUACAAAUAUUCCUCACUGUCAAUGAGGAAGUGAAAUUUCCUCUGUAUGGUGUCCCAAGCAGUGGGAUGUGGUUUGGUCUCUGAUUUUUUUUUUUAAACCCUCUAAGAAAUAUUUUGAGGGCCCCAAUUUAUAAAUGGCAUUACUGAACUGAUUCCCAUAGGAAGCCUUCCCUAAUCUGUGUAUAAAUGGAUUUUUAGGGUUUGUACAGCUCUAUGCAUGUGUAUCGCAAACAAAAGGAAAUUACCCCCCGCCCUCCCCACCCCACCUUCCCAGGCCCAGAUAUAUUGAAAAUGUUGUUCUUAAUUAGGAUCAGUAAACUCACAGCACUGCGUUUGCAUAGUCUCUCUAUAACCACUAUAGUAAUGAAACUAGUUAUACUGCCUAGAGUUUCUUCUUUAGAUUUUAACAGCGGUAGGGUGAACCAACCAACAUCUCCCCCUAGUGGCCGCCUGCACCCUGUUCUUUGUACUCCUCUCAACGUGGGCAACAUGCUUAAAAGCAGUACAGAAUCCUUAUCCUAACACUACAAGGCUUAAAUAACGCUGUUUAUUUCCUAGCCACUCAUAUGUGUGUCACCACAAAGCUUUUUGUUUACUGCUUUUUUGUCAAAAGGACUAGAAGUUAAUCACACAUUGUGUCAAGUUUUUAUCUUCCCACUCAAAAGCUUCCAUCUUUUCAAAACCUAAGUGUGGCUUAAUCAUAAUAAUUACCUACCCAUGCAAAACCUUAAUUCCCCAAGCUUUACAACACCUUCAAUGCUGUUAAAUGUAGUAUUUUCUUUUUUUCUAGGGGGUAUAGAAUGCACGAUAGUUUGAAAAUGUGCUUUUCCUCUUUUCUCUACAGUGUACUAUGUUUAGAAAGAGAGGUUAAUUGUUAAAAUACUGCUAGGAUGUCUGAUUUCUAAAUGUAAUCUAAACAUUAAAUCCAAAGUCUUAUCUAUUCAGAGUAUAAUGAUUAAAGUGAAUUUAAUAGUUACAUGUUGACAAGCUAACUGUUUGCUGCGUAAGUGAGAAUUUUCCAAGUAUUCAGCACCCAAGCAGUCAGCACAAUGCGGGUUGGGAGUCCUAUUUAUAAACUUUUGGGUAAUUGGAUUUGUCACACUAUAAAGUUCUAGUGAUAACAUAUAUAUACAGUGAGGGAAAAAAGUAUUUGAUCCCCUGCUGAUUUUGAACUCUUGCCCAAAGAAAUGAUCAGUCAGAAUAACAAAAAUAAAAUCCAGAAAAAUGCAUGUCAAAAAAGUUAUAAAUUGAUUUGCAUGUCAAUGAGUGAAAUAAGUAUUUGACCCCUUCCACUUAGUACUUGGUGGCUAGACCCUUGUUGGCAAUCACCAAGUUCAGAUGUUUCUUGUAGUUGGUCACCAGGUUUGCACACAUCUCAGGAGGGAUUUUGUCCCACUCCUCUUUGCAGAUCCUCUCCAAGUCAUUAAGGUUUCGAGGCUGACGUUCUUCUUGAGCCACUCCUUUGUUGCAUUGGCUGGGUGUUUUGGGUCAUUGUCAUGCUGGAAUACCCAUCUAUGACCCAUUUUCAAUGCCCUGGCUGAGGGAAGGAGGUUCUCACCCAAUAUUUGACGGUACAUGGCCCCGUCCAUCGUCUCUUUGAUGUGGUGCAGUUGUCCUGUUCCCUCAGCAGAAAAACAUCCUCAAAGUAUAAUGUUUCCACCUCCAUGUUUGGCAGUGUGGAUGGUGUUCUUUUGGUCAUAGGCAGCAUUCCUCCUCCUCCAAACAUGGUGAGUUGAGUUAAUGCCAAAGAGCUCCAUUUUAGUCUCAUCUCACCACAACACUUUCACCCAGUUCUCCUCUGAAUCAUUCAGAUGUUCAUUGGCAAGCUUCAGACGGGCCUGUACAUGUGCUUUCUUAAGCAGGGGGGCCUUGUGGGCGCUGCAGGAUUUCAGUCCUUCAUGGCGUAAUGUGUUACCAAUUGUUCUCUUGGUAACUAUGGUCACAGCUGCCUUGAGAUCAUUAACAAUAUAGAAUGUGACAGCAUUUGGCCCAUCUAGUCUGCCCAACAAGAUCAUCUUGUGUUGUUCUGGGCUGAUUCCUCACUGUUCUCAUGAUCACUGAAACUCCACGAGGUGAGAUCUUGCAUGGGGUACCAGGCCAUGGGAGACUGACAUUUAUUUGUGUUUCUUCCAUUUGCAAAUAAUCACACCAACUGUUGUCUACUUCUCACCAAGCUGCUUGGUUUUGUAGCCCAUUCCAGCCUUGUGUAGGUCUACAAUCUUGUCCCAGACAUCCUUGGACAGCUCUUGAUUGAUUGCUUCUGUGGACAGGUGUCUUUUAUACAGGUAAUGAGCUGAGAUUAGGAGACCUUCCUUUAAGAGAGUGCUCCUAAUCUCAGCUUGUUACCUGCAUAAAAGAUACCUGGGAUUCAGAAAUAGGGGAUCAAAUACUUAUUUCACUCAUUGACAUAUAUAUCAAUUUAUAAUUUUUUUGACGUGUGUUUUUAUAGAUUUUUUAUUUUUUGUUAUUCUGUUUCUCACUGUUAAAAUACACCUACCAUUAAAAUUAUAGACUAAUCAUUUUUUUUGUCAGUGGGCAAAUGUUCAAAAUCAGCAGGGGAUCAAAUAUUUUCUUCCCUCACUGUAUAAAGACAAAAGGCAUAAACUAAUGUUCAACCUAUUAUUCCAUAAUGCACGGCGAGUGUGGUGUUUAGAGUCUUUGGUAGCACUCCAAAUUAAAGGAGCUGCAUAGGUAAAAAUGCAUGUCCUUGCAAUUUGCAUCACUUAACACAUGCUCACAAUGACUGCUCUAGAACUACUCAACCUAAGUUACACUACAAAUACAGCAUUCAUACGCUAGAAAUUACAAGCCAUAUUACACCAUAUUAUCUAUCACUCAUCAGCUAGCUGUACUGCAUCUGGUUGGCUGACAGGAGCUGGAGAAGAAAUGGUUACCAGUGGGUAGUGAGGUUGGCUGACAGGGGCUGGAGUGGGGGGUUAACAGUGGGUAGAGAGGUUAGCUCACAUGGGGCUGGACGCGAAGGGAUUAACAGUGUGUUGAGAGGUUGACUGACAUGGGCUGGAGAGGAAUGGGUUAACAGUGGGUAGUGAGGUUGGCUGACAGGAGCUGGAGUGGAGGGGUUAACAGUGGGUAGAGAGGUUAGCUGACAGGAGCUGGAUGGGAAGGGGUUAACAGAGAGUAGAGAGGUUGAUUGACAUGGGCUAGAGAGGAAGUGGUGAAAAGUGGGUAGUGAGGUUGGCUGUUACUUGCAUUACAGGGAGGGAGAGAGAGGAGUACAUAUAAGAUGGUUAAGAAGGGGGGGAGAGAAUCAAAGAAAGGAGGAAGAGAAGCAGAACAGAUUUAGGCUACAUCAAAGUUAUGAAAUAAAAGAAACUAAGGAAAACAGGCAUUCUGUGAAUAGCUCUAGCCUUGUCUCUCUAUUUUCUUUGACUAAAAAAAGGUACGUUUCUUUCCGAGACUGGGAAUCAGGAACAUGUUGAAAGGAGAGAGGGGGAUGGCUAAUGAGGGUGGGUUACACUACAGAAAACAGCUAAAUAUUUUAUAGCUCUGCAGGAAAACUACACAGAAUUGAAAGAAAAGUAACUAACCACAGGUAUUUGAGCUUACUAGCUUUAAUUUUAGCUUAACUUGUUCAACUGUCUGGAGUAUUUCUUUAGCAUGGGUUAGUGCUUGAAACUGGACUGGCCUUAGGUUAUCGACAAAUUUAUAAUAAUUCUAGACAGAGAUUCACAAUAAUAAACUUUGCUUAAUAAUUAUUAGACUGUGAGAUUUGUUUCUGGCCGAACUGCAGUUCAUUUUGGGUUGAUCAGAUGAUUGGUCAAAUUCCUGACCUCUGAGCGCAGAUGUACAAAAAUCAUGCACCACCUGAAGAGUGCAAUCCCGAACAUGUUCAGUUCAGAGUGGUGAUUCUGGACUCCACCCAUGGCAUAAAAAAAGAUGGGAAAAAAAAAGAUGAUUGGUGGCUAGAGGACAACAAAAAAUCAACUAAAUCUAAAUGUUGAUUUUGAGCAAUGGAGGGUAUAAAAGGAGGUGCAGUAAAUGUAUUUAUAUAUAUUUUUAUAUAAAUAUAGGUUUUAUUUUAUGCACCUCCUGCUUUUCCUUCUAUUGAUUACUUUUCCCAUUUGAUCUGUGAACCAAAUGGUGGGAAAAUGCUCCUAUCAGUGCGCUGCUAAAUAUAUACAAAAUAUUACAUUGUAUAUAUUAAAAUACAUAUUUAUUUAUUCUAUACUUUGCAUAACACUGACUGGACUAUUUUCAUGCAGUUUUUAUCUUCCAAAAUUCUGCCGAGCCAAAUACACAUUCAUCUGAAAUUUGGUUCUGCCGAAAAAUGUUAACAUUUUUGGAAAAAAUUGUUUGCUCACAGUUCAUUUGUUAAGUUACAUGUGCCAGUUCUCUCCCAGUUUCGUCUAAUGCGUCAUGAGCUGCUGUUGGUUUUAGUAAAAUGAGUUUUGCAGUUUUCGGUCUGCAAUGUAUCUGCCCACCCGUUAUGGGAAAAGGAUCUUUCAUCCAUUAAUCCUGCUCCAAACCUAGUUACUGGUAUGGGAACAAUGGGACAUUGCUUCUACCUUAUGCUCUCUAGACGUGUAUCCCAGCCAUCAACAACACCUACACCUAAUAUAGAGCUUUCUGACACACUAAGGGAAUUCACAAUUCAAUACAUUAUCAUAAACUAAAAACAGAGUUGAAAAAUUAAAAGUUUGCAAUUAUUUUUCAACUUUCUUUAUUUCAACCUAAAGUUUGCAAUAUGUUGUCGAUGUUUUAUCAUCACAUUUAAGUAAAAAAGUCUAAUGCUGAUAUGAGUGACUUCUAAAUUGCGCUCUGCCUUUGCUGGUCCACCCACUACAUUGCACUGUGAUUGAGACUAAGGUCCAGCUGCAAUUUAUAAAUAAUCAGAUGACCAAAGUAUGGAAAUUAUUUUUUAGCUACAAAAAGGCUUCAAAUAAUGAUAGAACAGCAAUAUGUUUAAACUGCAUCCAGCAUUAACUAUUAACCACUACAAUUUAGUCCAUAUCGUUAACAUGUAUUGAAGCCCAUACAUGAUUCUACUUUCCUUUAAUGAUCUCCUACUCGACCACAGUGACUACAUUUAAAAAUUAUUUUUUAUAAAGAUUAACUAGUGAUGAAGGAAAUUCAAGUGUGGACUGUUUGACUUUAAUUAAUGACUAUUUGUAGCCUGUUCUACACUGCUCAAAAAAAUAAAGGGAACACUUAAACAACACAAUGUAACUCCAAGUCAAUCACACUUUGUGAAAUCAAACUGUCCACAUACGAAACACUGAGUGACAAUCAAUUUCACAUGCUGUUGUGCAAAUGGGAUAGACAGCAGGUGGAAAUUAUAGGCAAUUAGCAAGACACCCCCAAUAAAGGAGUGGUUCUGCAGGUGGUGACCACAGACCACUUCUCAGUUCCUAUGCUUCCUGGCUGAUGUUUUGGUCACUUUUGAAUGCUGGUGGUGCUUUCACUCUAGUUUAAAUGGACUCAUCACCUUUAUAACAUCACUCCCAUACUCUUAAAUCUUAAUUUUGAAAAGUGAUUUUAAAAAUUGUCUCUGAUUGGCCAAUUACACUUUUGGCGCAAUUUUCAAAUGAACAUAGCCCUAUUUAAACAACCCCUGCCAGGUUACUACUUUUAUCCCAUUCUGAAGAAGCCAAUUAUGGUGAAACGCGUUUAUGGUUAUUAAUUCUGUAUUUUACUGUGUAUUUUAGAUCAAUAAAAGUUUUUUGGCUACUUUAUUGUACCAAUCCUCUUUUUAUUGCACUCUUUAUGCACUUUAAACAACUUUUUUUACCUAUUCCUGGCAUUUUAACCUUUCCUGGUUACUUUUACUUCCACUGGCAAUUUUAAAGUUCCAGUACUCCAAGAAAUCCUAGGUGGGGAUCAUACCACUGGCGCCUAUCCAUAGAGCAGUACCUCUGCUCUAUCUUUGUGAGUAUUAUUUUUAUUUUCUCUACUACUCUCUUAACCUAUCACAAUUGAGAGCACUAUUGCUGCUUUUUAUUCUUCUAUAUUGGAGCCUUGGAUCACCAGACAUAUCCUAUAAGCGGGGAUUAUACCGCUGUACGCUAUCCACACCAGAGCUGGCCAUAGCUCCCUCAAAUGUGAGUUUUUUACCUCUUCUUAUCUGCACAUUGAACCACAUCAAAAUUGAGAGCACUAUUGUUGCUUUCUGUCUUUCUUUUCCGAGUUCUGGACUACCAGACGGUGUUGACGGAGACCCCCUCCCUACAUAUCCCAUAAGCGGGGAUUAUACCGCUGUACGCAAUCCACACCAGAGCUGGCCAUAGCUCUCUUGAAUGUGAGUUCUUUACUUUUUGUUACCUAUCACACCCUGAACUUUCAUACUAUACCAUUAGUCGCCUCUACCUCUCUUGUAUUUACAUAUAUGGAACGGUCUACACUAGACGCAUCCACAGAGGAACUCUAUCAAGUAUCCUAGACCAUCUAUUGGCACCCUAGCAAUACUUUACUGGACUAUCUACCCUUAUUUGGCGCAGCCCUUCCAUAUCUUUUUGCACAAAUGUGCAUGUGUCUGCUCAAACAGUCAGAAACAGACUCCAUGAGGGUGGUAUGAGGGCCCGAUGUCCACAGGUGGAGGUUGUGCUUACAGCCCAACACCAUGCAGGACGCUUGGCAUUUGCCAGAGAACACCAAGAUUGGCAAAGAUUGGCAAAUUCGCCACUGGCGCCCUGUGCUCUUCACAGAUGAAAGCAGGUUCACACUGAGCACAUGCGACAGACAUCGUCUGGAGACACCGUGGAGAAUGUUCUGCUGCCUGCAACAUCCUCCAGCAUGACCGGUUUGACAGUGGGUCAGUAAUGGUGUGGGGUGGCAUUUCUUUGGGGGGCCGCACAGCCCUCCAUGUGCUCGAGGUACCGAGAUGAGAUCCUCAGACCCCCUGUGAGACCAUAUGCUGGUGCGGUUGGCCCUGGGUUCCUCCUAAUUCAAGACAAUGCUAGACCUCAUGUGGCUGGAGCAGGGGCGGACUGAGAACCCUCAGGGCCCCCGGGCAAAAUAAAUCAAGGGCCCCCUUACAGGCCCCACCCAUACUCUGCAGCAAGCGCCACCCUUGUCCCGCCUCCAUGCACCGCCUCCAGCCACACACUACACAAUCUUUAGACACAAGGAACAAAAGGGCAAUAAGCCCUUCGAGGCCCCAGUAGAGACUACAAUUGAGGGCUAAUGGGCCAUGGAGGGGGGUCUUUCUAGCGGAGGCUAUCUCAGUGUCCUUUAGAGAGUGUGUUAGAUAGAAUCCCCUCCAAGCCCCAUUAGAGACUACAAUGGAGUCUAAAAGGCUUGGAAGGGGGUCUUUCUAACAGAGGCCAUCUCAGCGUCCAUUAGAUAUCCCCUGCUGGAAACAGUCGCCUCCAGGCCCCAGUACAAACUACAAUUGAGGGCUAAUGGGCCAUGGAGGGGAUUUCUAGCAGAGGCUAGAGUCUAAUGGGGCCUGGAGGGUGGUCUCUCCAACACUCUGGUUCCUAUUCACAAUAUAGCAACACAACAUAGCUCGCUGAUACCUGAGCCAAGUUGGCUCCUCUUACCUUAAUUACUGUUGCUGGCUGGCAGUCUGUGGGCUUGCUGGCUGCGGCUGGCAGGCUGUGGGCUUGCUGGCUACUGCCGGCAGGCUGUGGGCUUGCUGACUGCGGCUGGCAGGCUGCGGCUGGCAGACUGUGGCUUGCUGGCUGUAAGCCUGUGGCUUGCUGUAGGCCUGUGGGCUGGCUACUGGCCUGUGGGCUGGCUAACUGGCUGGCUACUGGCCAGCCUGUGGGUUGGCUGGCUGGCUACUGGGGCAUUUGUAGAUUAUUUAAAGAAAUAAUCCAUGCACAAUAACCACUACUGCUCCAGAGUAAGUAGUCAAACCGUUUAAGAACAGUUUGACAACUUACCUGGGGUCUGCUGGGAUAUGAGGCUGUAGUAGGGAAUAGGAGCAGUGGUGCAAUGUGUGUGAAAGGUUCAGUGUGUGUGUGGGGGUGUAGUGUGUGUGGGGGUGUAGUGUGUGAAUGUGUAGGGUGUGUGGGCAGUGUAUGUGUGUGGCAAUGUUAGUAUGGGGGGCUGUGUAUGGGGGUCUGUGUGUAUAUGGGUGGGCAGUGUAUGUGUGUGUGUGAGGCAAUGUGUGUAAAUGUGUAUGGUGUGUAUGGGGUGUGUGUGGGGGCAGUGUGUUUAUGGGGCUAGAGUUCACUCUCACCACUGCGACCACCAGGAAUCCAUGGGGGUUACAGUGUUGAGAGUGAACUCUAGCCCGUAGCUCCAGGGCUAGAGUUGACUCUCGCAAGAGCAGUAACAUUGCCAUGGUAACCGCGGCAACGCUCUGUGCUCGCGCAAGAAGGACCCAGAGGAGCUGAAGGUGAGCUCCCAGGUCCUCUCUUCCUCCCCUGCCCGCACGGUGCCUACGGACAGGGGAGGGGGGGGCAUUCUUCCCUCUCUUUCUCCCCCCUCCCCCAACUCUCUAUUCCCCCUCUUUCUCCCCGUGUCUCAUUCUUCCCUCUCUGUCUCUUUCUCCCCCUCCCCAUCUCUCUAUUCCCCUCUUUCUCCCCGUGUCUCAUUCUUCCCUCUCUGUCUCCCCCCUCCUCAUCUCUCUAUUCCCCCUGUGUCUCAUUCUUCCCUCUCUGUCUCUUUCUCCCCCUCCCCAUCUCUCUAUUCCCCCUCUUUCUCCCCGUGUCUCAUUCUUCCCUCUCUGUCUCCCCCUGUGUCUCAUUCUUCCCUCUCUUUCUCCCCAUCUCUUUAUUGCCCCCCCUUUCUCCCCCUUUCCCAUCUCUAUGUCCCCUCUCUUUCUCCCCCCUCCCCAUCUCUCCCCUCUCUUUCUCCCCCCUCCCCAUCUCUCCCCUCUCUUUCUCCCCCCUCCCCAUCUCUCCCCCCUCUUACUAGUCAGAGGGGGCUGGCCGUUUCAUUUUAGAGCCGCCGGACCGGGUGGCAGCCUCGCCGGUCCGGCGGCAUUCCGCUCACUAACACUGAAGAAGAAGGAGGAGGAGGAGCAUGUGUCUGUCAUGCUCCUUUGCGGUUCCCACAUCCUGUGCUGGGAAUUGUGGGAACCGCAGGGAGCAUGACCGAGAGACAUGCUCCUCCUCCAGUGUUAGUGAGAGGAAUGCCGCCGGACCGGCGAGGCUGCCACCCGGUCCGGCGGCUGCAGCAUGAAACGGCCGGCCCCCCCUCACAGUGUGCCACCGGACCGGCCACCCGGUGGCACCUGCAGUCCCCAAAUGCCGCCCCCAAUCCAGCCCUGCCGCCGGGCCCCCUGAAGGCGGCCCUGGCGGCGGGCCCCCCUCCCGGCCGGGCCCUCGGACCGUGUCCGAAGUGCCCGACCGGUCAGUCCGCCCCUGGGCUGGAGUGUGUCAGCAGUUCCUGCAAGAUGAAGGCAUUGAUGCUAUGGACUGGCCAGGCCUUUCCCCAGACCUGAACCCAACUGAGCACAUCUGGGACAUCAUGUCUCGUUCCAUCCACCAACGUCACGUUGCACCACAGACAGUCCAGGAGUUGGCAGAUGCUUUAGUCCAGGUAUGGGAGGAGAUCCCUCAGGAGACCAUCCGCCACCUCAUCAGGAGCAAGCUCAGGCAUUGUAGGGAGGUCAUACAGGCAAGUGGAGGCCACACACACAACUGAACCUCAUUUUGACUUGUUUUAAAGACAUUACAUCAACGUUGGAUCAGCCUGUAGUGUGUUUUUCCACUUUAAUUUUGAGUGUGACUCCAAAUCCAGACCUCCAUGGGUUGAAAAAUUUAAUUUCCAUUUUUUUAUUUUUGUGUGAUUUUGUUGUCAGCACAUUCAACUAUGUAAAGAAAAAAGUAUUUAAGAAGAAUAUUUAAUUCAUUCAGGUCUAGGAUGUGUUAUUUUUGUGUUCCCUUUAUUUUUUUGAGCAGUGUAUAUUCAUUAUUACGUUAACACAAUUAAGGGAUUUAGGAGUUUGAGGAUAAUAGUAACUGAUCAGCAGUAAUAUAGCCGGUCACAAUAUCAGUAAUCACUGCUGUUUUCAGACACAUGAGACAUUUUGAGGUCCAUCAGGAAGGUUCCAUAUCUUCAUUCUAAGAGUUUCACUGAAAGUUCCAUAUAAGUAUUUUCUGAAAUACAAUAAGCGCAGUGACCCGCUAGUUUGCCAACUGAUAAACCUGAAAUUGUGACAUUUGAAACAAUAUGACUUUUGAUAAACUAAAUGUUUUUCUGAUACCCUUAUGUGUAAUUUUAGGUGGUGUAUAGUACUAUGGAUUCACCUAACAGGGAAUUGUGGAGAACUGAUAAGGACAAUGGCAAUUGUGUGCGAAAAUAGCCAAAAUAGAAAAAGUCUCCUAUUUUUCAAGUUUGGCAAUUUUUAAAAAAAAUGACAAUUCACUUCUGAAUUCUCUAUAAUCCCCAGCUUAAUGAUUACCUUCAUAAGUCAUUGUUAGUCCAAUGAAUAACUACACUGCUGAAAUAAAAACUUAGAAACAUAGAAACAUAGAAUGUGACGGCAGAUAAGAACCAUUCGGCCCAUCUAGUCUGCCCAAUUUACUAAAUACUUUCAUUAGUCCCUGGCCUUAUCUUAUAGUUAGGAUAGCCUCAUGCCUAUCCCAUGCAUGCUUAAACUCCUUUACUGUGUUAACCUCUACCACUUCAGCUGGAAGGCUAUUCCAUGCAUCCACUACCCUCUCAGUAAAGUAAUACUUCCUGAUAUUAUUUUUAAACCUUUGUCCCUCUAAUUUAAGACUAUGUCCUCUUGUUGUGGUAGUUUUUCUUCUUUUAAAUAUAGUCUCCUCCUUUACUGUGUUGAUUCCCUUUAUAUAUUUAAAUGUUUCUAUCAUAUCCCCCCUGUCUCGUCUUUCCUCCAAGCUAUACAUGUUAAGAUCCUUUAACCUUUCCUGGUAAGUUUUAUCCCGCAAUCCAUGAACCAGUUUAGUAGCCCUUCUCUGAACUCUCUCCAAAGUAUUAAUAUCCUUCUGGAGAUACGGUCUCCAGUUCUGCGUACAAUACUCCAAGUGAGGUCUCACCAUAUCACAAAAUAUUAAGAAAAUAUCAAAAAGUUGCUUUUUUAUUACUUUGCUGCCACCUUAAUAUAAUGUGCUUGGUGUAUGUAUUAAACAUGUCAUAGAGUACAAGCAUGGCCUAGACUAGAGGGACUCUAUUUGAGUGACAACAACUUUAGCUAGAUCAAGCAGUUUUGGUGUGUAGAUCAUGCCCCUGCAGUCUGCAGCCUCAAUUUUCUGCCAUAUAGGAGUUAAAUUACUUUGUUUAUGCAGAGGUAAUUAGAGCAGUAGAUAAAAACGUCUAAAACAAGUUAACAUAAAAGUGAAACCAUUUGUGUCAGUCACAGCCAGGUGAGGUUUGGUGAGGGCUGCAUGGACAUAAGUAAAUGUGAUUUAACUUCAAAAUGCUAGUUGAGCAGUGAGACUGCAGGGACAUGAUCUAUACACGUAACUGUUCUAAUGCCUAUAGUAUCCCUUUAAGUAUAUCAGACUGUUGUGUUUGAUGUCUACACGUCUUCCACGAGCAAUACAUUUGUUUUUAUUUUCCAAAAUCCCAUAAGUAUAUAGCUAACAAAGUAUACAGUAGGAGGAUGCAAUAUAAAUGCUCACAAUGUAAAUAAUUAGCCCAUUUAUCCUCUUUUUGAUUGAAAUCCUCCAGGAAAUGUACGCUCUACAAAACAGAUUUUGCACUGUAUUCUAGAUAGAGAUUGCCAUACCCUAAAUUCCCUUUGUAAGCACACUGUUUAAUUCUUAGGGAUACCUAUAUUGUAGGGCUGGUGAGAUAGCAAGAGUAUACAGAAUACCAGUAACCAUUAGGCAUGUGCAUGGGGAAAAUUUUUGGUUUGGUUAGGCAUUCCAAAAUUCGUGACUUUCGCAAUUCGUGACUUCGGCAAUUCGGCACUUCAACACUUCUGAACUACGGCAACUUCAGAACUUCGGCACUUCGGCACUUCGACACUUCGGAACUUCGGAAUUUCGGGACUUCGGCACUUCGAGACUUCUAUUGCAGCUGCUUAGUAGAUAACUCCCUAAUUCCCACGGUAUUAGGGAGUUAUCUACCAAAAGGCUGAAAGACCUAAAUUGGUCUUUCAGCCAAAUUUACUAAUACUAAAUAAAAAUUACUUAGUAUUAGUAAAUUUUGCCCCUACUCGCUAUACCACGAGUAGGGGCAUAUCUAGCAAACAGUGAGCAGUCUGUGGCUGCUCACUGUAAAAAAAAAAGCAGCGGGUGGGGGCCCUAAAGUAAAAUGAUGGGGGGACCUAUUGUCCUUCCCCCCGGCCCCUACCCAUGAGCGGCGGGUGGGGGCCCUAAAUUGGAAUAAGGGGGGGACCUAAUGUGGGUGGGGCCCUAAAUACUAAUAAGGGGGGGACCUAAUGUCCUCCCCCCUGGUCCCCACCCCUGAGCGAAGGGUGGGGGCCCUAAAUUGGAAUAAGGGGGAGACCUAAUGUCCUCCCCCCUGGCCCCCAACCCUGAGUGGCGGGUGGGGGCCCUAAAGUAAAAUGAUGGGGGGGACCUAUUGUUCUCCCCCCCGGCCCCCACCCCUGAGCGGUGGGUGGGGGCCCUAAAUACUGAUAAGGGGGGGACCUAAUGUCCUCCCCCUUGGCCCCCACCCCUGAGCAGUGGGAAGGGGCCCUAAAUACUAAUAAGGGGGGGGACCUAUUGUCCUCCCCGCUGGCCCCCACCCCUGAGCGGCGGGUGGGGUCCCAAAAAAAAUGUCCCCCCCAGGUGACUAGGGGUCCCUAAACCCCUAGUCACCCCCUCCCCCCCAAAAAAAAUGAUCCCCCUACCUACCCCCCUCACACUAAAAAUAAUGAGGGGGGGACCUUUAACUAAGUACCUGUAAAAAAAAAAAAAACUUACCAUUCAAUGUUUUCUUUCUUCUAAAAUCUUCUUUUUUCAUGCCCAAAAAAGGCCAAAUAAAAAACCAUAAUAACCGACGCAAUAAAAAAAAAAAAAAAAUCCAUCUUCACCCAGCGCAGACUGAGCUUUGCAGGGCGAAUGAAGACUUAUAAAGCUUUGCCCCGCCCUGCAAUUAGCUCAGAGCACUCUGAUUGGUGGGUCUAAGCCAUCCAAUCAGAGUGCUCUGACAGGUAAAUGAAGAGACUGACAGGUAAAUUCUUUGGAAUUUUCCCACGCUGUGUAAUUUGACUCAUAACUCUCUGAUUGGUUACUUAAUCCACCAAUCAGAGAGUUAUGAGUCAAAUUACACAGUGUGGGAAAAUUCCAACGAACUUUCCCACGCUGUGUAAAAUGACACAGAGCACUCUGAUUGGUGGAUUUCAAACCAACCAAUCAGAGUGCUGUGAAAGGUAAAUGUAGAGACUUACCUGUCAGUCUCUUCAUUUACCUGUCAGAGCACUCUGAUUGGAUGGCUUAAACCCACCAAUCAGAGUGCUCUGAGCCUAAUUGCAGGGCGGGGCAAGGCUUUAUAAGCCUUUCCCCGCCCUGCAGAGCUCAGUCUGCGCGGAGCCCUUGACGGGAUUAUUUUUUUUUGCGCUCGUUUUUUUUAUUUUAUUGCGUCGGUUAUUAUGUUUUUUAUUAGGGCCCCCACCCGCUGCUCAGGGGUGGGGGGUGGGGGGGGAGAACAAUAGGUCCUCCCUUAUUAGUAUUUAGGGCCUUCACCCGCCGCUCAGGGGUGGGGGCCAGGGGGAGGACAUUAGGUCCCCCCCUUAUUAUAAUUUAGGGCCCCCACCCACCGCUCAGGGGUGGGGGCCAGGGGGGAGGACAUUAGGUCCCCCUCCUAUUCUGAUUUAGGGCCCCCGACCGCCGCUCAGGGGUGGGGGCCAGGGGGGGCAUUUUUUUACAUUAGGUCCCCCCCCUUAUUAUAAUUUAGGGCCCCCACCCAACACUCAGGGGUGGGAACCGGGGGAGGCAAUAGGUCCCCCCUUUAGUUUAAAGGGAGGGAGGAGCUUUUUUUUUUUUUUACAGUGAGCAGCUCACUGUUUACAAGACAUGCCCCAACUCACGAUAUAGCGAGUGGGGGCUUAAUUUACUAAUACUCAGUAAUCUUUACUUAGUAUUAGUAAAUUUGGCUGAAAGACCAAUUUAGGUCUUUAAGCCUUUUAGUAGAUAGCUCCCUAAUAUCGUGGGAAUUAGGGAGUUAUCUACUUAUUCAUUCCUGUCAUUACACUGACAGGCUAAGUAACUUACAUUUUAUAUGAAUGUAUGUUACUUGAUUGUUGUAAGUGUUGCAAAUGCUUACAGCUGAAUCCUGGCUAUGUUUGUAUACUUUUUAUUUAAAAUCGUAUACAAUGCAACAUUCUUCUUCUUUCACUGGGUAAGUAUAUUAGUACUUAGGCAAUACUGUGCUUCAGAACUUUGGCACUUUGACACUUCGGAACUUCGGCACUUCGACACUCCGGAAAUUCGGUAAUUUCGGAACUUCGGGAUCUUGGCAAUUCGGCACUUCGGCACUUCAGCUAUUCAGACAUUCGGAAGUACCCGAAUGUCUGAAUUGCCCAAAAUUCGUCCAAAUUCAUAUUCAGACCAAAACCAAUUGCACAUGUCUAGUAACCAUCCUCAGAAUAUCCAGCACCCAGGAAUGUUUACCAUUUAGCACCAUACACACAUAAUAAGAGGAAUUUAUCAAUUAUCUGCAAUAUUUGAUUUCUGGAAUGUGCUAAUCUGCAGGAUCGUUUAGAUUUGGUUUUAGAUUGGACACUUCUUCACAAAAGUAGCUUCCAUUGCUGUGCUUAUAAUCAUGUGUCUGUCCUUUAACCAUUUAUCCGAUGACUAAUUAAGCUUCAGCUUGUGAUGACAAGAGUAAUAACCUAGCUGACCUCCCAGGAUCUGUGUAGAAUGCUAACAGAGAAUCCUGAGUGCUUGGGAUACUGUAUGAAACAUUUAUUUAUCUGAUGUUCAAAGAGCCUUUCCUCCUGAAUGAGAUAAAGAGAGCAAGGACAGGAGAAUGAGCAGAGAAUGACAAGGUGGUGUAGACCAGAUGACAUUCAUUUUUACAAAUGUCACACGAAAGCAAAGAUUUGUUGUUCGAAUAUUUCUUUUUACAUUGUGUAUUACAUUUCACAUAAGUAGCUUGGGGAAAAGGGAAUACAUUUCCAACUCACUAAACACAAGUUAAAUUACAUUUUCUGAAAACAAAAUGUGUACUUAUGACCAAUGCAUCUAAAUUAGUAUAGCUGCAUGUGCUUAUUAAAAAAGGUGAUUUAGCCACUAGAACACAGAGCUAUAAGAGUCUGAUCAUUCUCAGCCAGGCAGGGCAUUGGGGGUUUCUAAAUAAAAAUAGACCAUAUGUUAAAUAUGAGUGAAACAGUUCUGUAUAUUUCUAUAUAUAUAUAUUUUACAAUCCAGUGCACUCACUCACUGAACACAAACUACCAAGCUCACACAUUUUUUAAAACAGCUGACUUAGGCAAACAUAAUGUGCAUUUAGUUACAGUAUAUGAUCCAGCAGCAGUACUACCCCCAGGGCAACAACACUGGGACCAAGAUGCUGGGGGUGGGGGUUUAUGCACUUUGGGCCACGCAGUGGGCAUUGUAAACAGGUGUUCGUUCGAGCACCACAACUCUUCAACAGAGCAAUCAGGCCACUGUAAUAAUCCAGGCCACUGGCAGGAAGUGAGAGCCGUUCACUUUCUCCUAGCUUCAAGGAGAGUUGUGCAAGAGAGAUGAGUCGCAGUCAGGAGAGUAGUGAGAGAGUAAGAGGCAGCUCCAGAGAGACCCAGCUCUAGACCCAUACUACCAUCGGCCUCAGCUAAAAAUAUAAAAAUCAUGACAUUAUGUAUCUGUGUCAGGAUGUGUGUAUGCCAGUGUAUGUGUGUGUGUAUCUGUGUGUCAGGGUCUAUCUGUGUGUCAGGAUGUGUGUAUGCCAGUGUAUGUGUGUGUGUAUCUGUGUGUCAGGGUGUAUCUGUGUGUCAGGAUGUGUGUAUGCCAGUGUAUGUGUGUGUUUAUCUGUGUGUCAGGGUGUAUCUGUGUGUCAGGGUGUGUGCAGGUGUCAGGGUGUGUAUAUAUGUCAGUGUGUGUGUAUGUGUCAGUGUAUGUUUGUGUCAGCAUGUUUAUCUGUUUGUGACUGUGUAUGUUUCAUUGUGUGUAUCUAUGUGUGUAAGAUUGUGUAUGUGUCAAUGUGUAUCCAAAUGUGUAUAUAUCUGUAUGAUAUGUAUGUAUGUGUGUAUAUAUGUAGCAGUGUAUGAGUACGCACACACAGAUACACACACAUAUACAAGUAAUAUGUUUCCCUUUAUACAUUGGUGGUAUUUUUUUAAUUUAUUUUUGUAAUAUGCCAAAAUAAUCCAUAUAUGUGUCUGUAUUUUGCUCCUUUUCUUUCUUGUUGAUUUUACUAUUGAUUGCAUUCACAGAAUAAGACAAAAGAGUGAUAUUAUUAGUAAAAAAAAACAUGCACCCGCAAUUCUAAAGGAUUUUGAAUUCCUUAAAUAGAAAGGAAGAUCAUGAAACCGUUUACCAGUCUCAGAAACUCUGCCACUUCGACAUUGGUGGAAAAAAUUGUUGGAGAAAAAAGGCCGAAUCGAGUGCUUUGUUUUUUUUGGUUUUUUUAUACAUUGAGAGAGCCACAGUUUAAAACGAUAAUAACAAACAAGCAAAAACAAGCAAACAAACAAACAAAAAAUACAGGACUAAAUUAUCGGGAAGGGCACAAACAUGAACAAUGUAGCAUAGAUGUCACAAAUAGACACAGACAUGAAUUUGGAAUAAAAGAAGCUGUGCCACCUUUUAGACACCCCCCACCCAUUUUAUAGAACCUCUGUUGCGUGUGGACCUGUGUUGUGGCUAAGAAUCCCCUUCUCAUGGGUUCUGACUAUCAGUGACAGAUGUUUAGUAUUUUGAAGUGGUACAUAGAUCUGAAUCUGCUCUAGUCUAAAUGUUUUUUGAAGUGUCUAUAGGCUCUCCCAGAUUUAUAGUCCUGAUUAUCUCUCCAGCCAGGAUGGUGAGGAAUCAUUUCUGGCCUCUCCUGACUCAAGACCCUCAUCUAUCCAAAGUUAUUUCCCCAAAAGCUUCCUUGACAGUUAAUAUGGGUAAAAAACCCUCAAAGAUUUGUUGGUGCCUAGUCACUAAUCAGCACCAACUGUCAAGAAAAACUGGAUCUCUGUAGUGGGUACUUACCAGUGUGGUUACUGUGUGGCAUGUCGAUAUAUCCAAAAAGGGUCAAAGAUGAUCACAGACUCUAUGAACAAACUCAAAAUUCCUGUGAAGCAAUUUUUUAAGUGCAAUACUUUAGGAGUUAUAUACCUUCUAACUUGUGAGUGUGGACUUAAAUAUGUGGGGAAGGCCAUACGCCCAUUUAAAAGGAGGAUAAUAGAACAUGUCCACUCUGUAACUUCCUUCAAAGACACCCCAGUGGGUGAGGGCAUACCAUAGAGAUUCUCCAAGGGGUAUGAGGUUCUCAGGCAUAGAAAGGGUAUGUCUGGGUAGGAGGGGAGGUGACAUUGAUUUAGCCCUCAAAUAAAGAGAGUGCCUCUGGAUUUAUAAAUUGAACACUCUGGCACCCAAGGGCCUCAAUGAGAGUUUCACGUUCUCCCCUUAUAUUGGCAGCUAAAUAUGUUACUUGACUAAUGCAUGAUUUAUGGGAUAGAUUAUAUAUUUAAUAUAAAUAUUUUUUCGUGAUACAUAUAGGUUUUUUGUGUUUUCUAUAUAGUUUAUAUGUACUUUUGGUAAGGGAUGUUUUAUAGACCAAGGGUUGUUCUUUUGGUUUUGUUUUUUCUAACAAGGAAUCCCUAUUAGAUACUAUAAUCCCUUCUUCUGCUAACAUUAUGGAGUAUUCAGAAUUUAGGUAGUAUAUAUCCUAGAAUACAACUAAUAAAUGCACUAUAACCAGUUGUUAUGGUACAGUCAUGGCCCGUGUAUAUAUGUGUCAAUAUACAAUAUAAGAAUAUGGCAACUUAAUUGCUAUUCAGGGACCUUUGAUACAGAAAUCAGAUGUGACUGUCAUGCAGCUCAGGUCACUUUUUAUAAGUAUGGUCUCUAGGGUUUAAAGUAUAUAAUAUAUACCUGUGUGGCAGUUUAGUGUAAUUUAAUAUAAUAAGAAAUAUGGUCAACCCCUUUUGUUACCAGUUUAAAUUGAAGGGGAUUUUGAUUGCCACUGAUCUAAUACAAUAAAAGGUGAUGCAGAUUUUUGUUUGAAGUAUGUUUAUUUCUUCUCCAUCCCCUUAAUAUACAGUUGCAAGAAAAAGUAUGUGAACCCUUUGGAAUGCUAUGGAUUUCUGCACAAAUUGGUCAUAAAAUGUGAUCUGAUCAUCAUCUAAGUCACAACAAUAGACAAUCACAGUCUGCUUAAACUAAUAACACACAAAGAAUGAAAUGUUGCCAUGUUUUUACUGAACACACCAUGUAAACAUUCACAGUGCAGGUGGAAAAAGUAUGUGAACCCUUGGAUUUAAUAACUGGUUGAACCUCCUUUGGCAGCAAUAACUUCAACCAAACGUUUCCUGUAGUUGCAGAUCAGACGUGCACAACGGUCAGGAGUAAUUCUUGACCAUUCCUCUUUACAGAACUGUUUCAGUUCAGCAAUAUUCUUGGGAUGUCUGGUGUGAAUCGCUUUCUUGAGGUCAUGCCACAGCAUCUCAAUCGGGUUGAGGUCAGGACUUUGACUGGGCCACUUCAGAAGGCGUAUUUUCUUCUGUUUAAGCCAUUCUGUUGUUGAUUUACUUCUAUGCUUUGGGUCAUUGUCCUGUUGCAACACCCAUCUUCUGUUGAGCUUCAGCUGGUGGACAGAUGGCCUUAAGUUCUCCUGCAAAAUGUCUUGAUAAACUUGGGAAUUAAUUUUUCCUUCGAUGAUAGCAAUCCGUCCAGGCCCUGACGCAGGCAAAGCAGCCCCAAACCAUGAUGCCCCCACCACCAUACUUCACAGUUGGGAUGAGGUUUUGAUGUUGGUGUGCUGUGCCUUUUUGCCACACAUAGGGUUGUGUGUUUCUUCCAAACAACUCAACCUUGGUUUCAUCUGUCCACAGAAUAUUUUGCCAGUACUGCUGUGGAACAUCCAGGUGUUCUUGUGCAAACUGUAAACAUGCAGCAAUGUUUUGUUUGGACAGCAGUGGCUUCCUCUGUGGUAUCCUCCCAUGAAAUCCAUUCUUGUUUAGUGUUUUACGUUGUAGAUUCACUAACAAGGAUGUUAGCAUUUGCCAGUAACUUUUGUAAGUUUUUAGCUAACACUCUAGGAUUCUUCUUCACCUCAUUGGGCAGUCUGCGCUGUGCUCUUGCAGUCAUCUUUACAGGACGGCCACACCUAGGGGGAGUAGCAGCAGUGCUGAAAUUUCUCAAUUUAUAGACAAUUUGUCUUACCGUGGACUGAUGAACAGCAAGGCUUUUGGAGAUACUUUUAUAACCCUUUCCAGCUUUAUGCAUGUCAACAAUUCUUAAUCGUAGGUCUUCUGAGAGCUCUUUUGUGUGAGGUAUCAUUCACAUCAGGCAAUGCUUCUUGUGAAAAGCAAACCCAGAACUGGUGUGUGUUUUUUAUAGGGCAGGGCAGCUGUAACCAACACCUCCAAUCUCAUCUCAUUGAUUGGACUCCAGUUGAUUGACAUCUCACUCCAAUUAGCUCUUGGAGAUGUCAUUAGUCUAGUGGUUCACAUACUUUUUCCACCUGCACUGUGAAUGUUUACAUGGUGUGUUCAAUAAAAACAUGGCAACAUUUCAUUCUUUGUGAGUUAUUAGUUUAAGCAGACUGUGAUUGUCUAUUGUUGUGACUUAGAUGAUGAUGAUCAGAUCACAUUUUAUGACCAAUUUGUGCAGAAAUCCAUAUCAUUCCAAAGGGUUCACAUACUUUUUCUUACAACUGUAUAGACUGUGUGAUCGAUGCAAUUUGCUGUUUUCCCUCUCCUUGUGUAUAUUUCUCUGUUCAAGGCUCCUCCCAUUCUCCUCCUUGCACUUAGGCAAUAUUAAGAUGGGUGGGAGCACUUACAGAGGGGUGGAAUAAUAGGGGCAGGGCUGAGAAUGACGUCACAGCAUUCUCAUUACACACCCUCUAGAGACGUAAUUGGCCGUGGCUACCACGUAACCUGACGUCUCGUUCUAAUAUAAGGGGACCCGGUGAGCGGCUCUCAUUUAUGCCCUGGACAAAGGCACUUUAGUAAUGCCGAAAAGCGUGUCGGAUCACUUUAUUUUGUUUUUAUUUAGCAUAGGCACGUUUUGCUUGCACAAUGGUCAUUUAGGUUGCUAGUGUCGAUGUGGGAUUUUUGGUAGACUCUCAGUAAUCAGCAAUAUGGACGCUAUUGUAGGGAACCUGGUUGGUUGAUUGGGGGUUCUAAGGGAGAACCAUACAGCUUAUACAGUCUGGAUUUUCUUUUGCAGCAACAAGCCUUCUAUUUUUCUAAUUUUUUCUAGUCAGCGACCUUGAAGUCGAAUUUCUAUUUAGCCAGUUCAUAGAGGGCUGUUGCAUGAUUUUUUUUGUAGGUGCCAGUUAUCACCCAUUGUUUGUAACAUUUUUUGAAGCAGUGUGUACUGAUAUACUGUUACACUAAAACCGUUUGACUUAUACAGUCCACUUACAAUAGUGGUUGUUGAUCUAUAGGGCUUUCUCCUUUGCCCUCUUUCUAUAUACAACAAGUGGUUUACUGUAAGUGAUUUAUAAAUCUAUAUUUGGUGUCAUCUCUUUAAGUAGCUGUUAAUAUUGUUGCACUGUUUCAUUGAAUACAUUUUAUUUAACACAGUUUACCACAGUAGUGGCAUUGAUUUAUAGGGCUUCAUAUUGCCUUCUGUUAUAGCCACAAGAGUUUAACUGCAGGUUCUUUCACUCCCACUCCUAUCAUCCUUUACCAACAUCCCAUCCAGUCCACUAGAGAGUCUCUCCUUCCCCUCUUUGUUAUUAUAUAGAGCCUAUUUGUCUAUGGCUCUUUUUAAUGGCGUCUAUGUUAUAUGUUCUCUUUUCUAAAGAUUUAAUAAAAUUCAUCUAAUUGUAUGUAAUUUUCAAAUAUAUUAAUUCUAUAUUCUACAAGGAACCUUUUUGUGUCCAUUGGAUUGUUUUCUUUGGACAUUUAAGUAUCUUUUUUUACUGUUAAAAUUUAGGGUUACUCCCUGUUCAGGUUCACUUGCACACACCAAUAGUCCCUCUGUGGGACACUCUGCUUUUAUAGGUCUCUUGUCUUGUUCGAGUAAUUGCUCCAGAAUAACCGAUAUCCCACCUGCUUGGUGCUCUAACUGUAUAUAUUCCCAGGUGAUUGUAUAUCAUGCGUGCCUUUGCCACUUUUUCUGAAAAUGAAAUUGCAUGCUUGAUGGAGCUGAAGAGGCAUUGCCAGCCUUGAGAUUCCCAUGGCAUCACUAUUUUAUGUUAUUUAGAUAUUCCUAUCAAGUCAUCUUGCUUAGAAUGACGUUUGUGUAGAUAUGGUUGCUGUUUGGUGCCAUCUCUGAUUAUAGUAACACAAAUUCUCCUUAUAUAAUUUAUUUCUACUUCAAUUUUCUGCUUAUACAAAAUAAAAAAUGUUGGGACAGAAAAAUAUAUAAAUGCAUUUGGCAGAGGAAAUCACAAGUACAAAAAUAAUGAAUCCAUAAAUAGAGCAUCCAACAUUCCAAUGACAGCUGAUUAUUGAGAAGACUUUUGUGAGUACCAGAUCUGUGCAGCCAGGGUUUCUCUAGAAGAUAUUAAUCGGCGUAGUCUUAGCUGACGCAGAAGGUGUAGAUUUUUCCAGCUUUAGUGAGAAUUUGGUGCAUCCCAGCUUUGGUGCAAUUGCAUGGCAGAUUUUGGAAAGUCCACUAAUAAUUGAGAUACUCUCCAUACUUGGUAGUUUUAUUGCCCAAUUUCGACUUCCCAAUUUGUUCUUAAUCUUUCGCUGGGGUAUAUAAGUUUCUCAUACAAUAGAGGUGCAAAUAUAUGUAAGAAAAUAAUAAAAAUAGGAGCAGCUACACGCAUCCACUAGCGACUAUGAAUGAGUGUAAGCUCAAAGGUUAAGCAAAGCGUGAGCGCUCUUUACUCAUGAAACAUAUUGAAAAUAUAAAUAAAUCAAUAAAACAGUAUUUUAUUCCAAAAAAAUUAUAUAUAAAAAAGAAAAAAUAGUAACAAAUAUAAAAAACCAGAUCAAAGAUGACCUAAACCUGCUGAGAUGAGAAUAAAAAACAAUAUAUCCCUUAGAAAGAGCAAAUAUAAAUCUACAGAAAUGCAAAAUGCACAACUGAGUCGGAAGGGUUAACUCAGACACUAGGUAGAAAAUAACAACAAAGUGUCAGAGUAUUAUCCCCACCAAAUUCAGAAACAAAUAUAACAACUGUAACAAAUAAUACAAAACUAGGUAUAUACUGUAAAAUACCUUUCCUCGGUGUGGGCCCCCCACCGAGGUACAUACACAGAGCGUGUAGAAAAAGAUAAAUGAAUAAAAAUGAUGAAUGAUGCGAGCUGGAGGCGGUAAUGGUAUACUUCAGGAGAUGUUAAAGUCCAGCAAAGUCCAGCAAAAGGCACACAGGAUUCCUCAAAAUACUAUGAGGUAUAUCGCGGUCGGGAUCUUCAAAAAAGACCGCGAUAUAUACAGAACUCACUCACUGCCGCCGCUCGCAGUAACUUCAAUGCCAGGUAAGUUCAUCCGAUGGGGAAAAAAGACCGCCAAAGUACAGAACCGCUUCCUGCUCUCACUCCUCAAUCACAGCAGGUGUAGGUUCAUCCGAUUCACCCGUCUACGCGUUUCGUCCCUCCCACGGGACUUUUUCAAGACAGGAACUGCAAUGUGAAGUAACCCAAUAUAUAUACCCCACCAUCAAAUAAAGCAGGAUUGGAUUCACUUGCAUAUAUAUAGCAAAUCUUGUCUAGGUAUAAAUAAGAUUUAAUAUAAAAGAAAUAAAUAUAAAAUCAUUCAAAAUAAAACCUGAUAUUCAGGUCAGGCAACAAAUACAAAACACAAUAUGUGUAACAUAUAUAUCCCACCCCUCCCUCCCCCCCAAAAAAACAAAAAAGCAACAUAUUAAAGAUUAUUUAAAAAUAAAAAUUUUUAAAAUAAAAAGCAGCAAUUAUCUGUAAUAUCUCAAAAUAAUUCUAGUUCCUCAUUUAAGCCAUUAGGUGACAUAGAGUUCAGCUUGAAGAUCCACACUGAUUCAGCCUUAAUUAAUUCACGUUUUUUCUUCGUUUCAUCCUGAUGGAAGGGAAUAUGUACUAUUCCCAUUAAUUUAAGACCAACAGGAUUAUUAUCAUGAAAGAUAGUAAAGUGGCGGGCCACCGGGGAUCUACUAUCGUUACGUAAUAUAGCUGUCCUAUGUUCACGAAAUCUACAUUUCAAGGGUCUGAUAGUUUGACCCACAUAUUGCCGUCCACAGGGACAAAUUAGGAGAUAUACCACAAAAGAAGUGUUACAAGUAAUUGAUGACUGCACAGAAAAGAUCUCAGUACUAUCAAACGAACUAAACGUGGAUUGUUGAUGACAAAUAAAUCCACAAGUUAAGCAUUUAGCAUGACCACAACGCUUAUUAACUGCAGCCUCUUGGCACACUCUCUGGUGUCCUACAUUUUGACAGUGCAGUUUCGAAGGAGCUAGGAUGUUUUUCAAAUUAGGGGCCCUUCUAAAAGUAACCCUGGGAACCUUUGAAAUACAGAAAGACAACCAAGGGUCACUGGUCAAUAUUGGCCAAUAUUUGUCAAAAACUCCUAUAAUCUCAUCAAAACCUAUAUUAAAGGUAGUGGAAAAUAUGGGUGUUUUGCCUGUGCCGACCUCUUUGGUACUGAUAUUAAAUUUUGCUUUUUUCAGAGACUGGUCACAGGACCCACCCAAAAGUUCAAGGAUCUUAAAGUGUCCACUAGAGUGGUGUUCUUGUCCUCUAUAUAAAGAUGAUAUAGAGGAAUUCAUCGUAAGCAAAGUUUUAUUAAGAGCCUCUGACCGUGGUAUCAUCCCAAACUUGAGACCUUUCAAAUAAGCCUCCAUAAUAAUCCUCAGAGGAUAGGCUUUCUCUACAAAACGCUGGGAAAGCAUUAGUGCCUCUUUUUCAUAAUCACAUAUAAAUGAGCAGUUACGUCUGAUUCUAGUGAACUGCCCCAAGGGGAUAUUCUGGAUCCACGUGGGAUGAUGCCCACUUCUGGCAUGUAGAUACCCAUUAACAUACACACUUUUCUGAUAGGUCUUGGUGAUAAUUUUACCCUCAACCCCAAUUAGGGUGAGAUCCAGAAAAUCUAUAGUAGAUUUAUGUUGUUUAUGUGUAAAAGAGAGGCCCCACUGAUUAUUGUUAAUGGACAUCAUAAAGUCCUCUACUUCACCCCAAUUACCCCUCCAAAUAAUGAGGAUGUCAUCAAUGAACCUACGAUAGAGGGCGAGACGCCCCAUCCAAAACUGGUUGGCAAAGAUCGUAACUUGUUCCGAGUAGCCCAUAAAUAAAUUGGCAUAGGAUGGGGCGAAACUCGCCCCCAUCGCGGUUCCUUUGGUCUGUACAAAAAACUUGCCAUUAAACUCAAAAUAAUUAUGUUUCAGCAUAAAUUCGGUAAACCUGAUAACAAAUUCAGACUGUUGAGCUGGAAGAAGGGGAUCAGAAUUCAAAUACCAAGUAAGGGCUUUUAAACCCAAAACAUGAUCUAUAUUAGAAUAUAGGGCUUCCACAUCAAUCGUGAGCCAACAAUAGUGUUCCUUCCACUCUAACUCAUUAACAAUGGACAACACAUGUCCAGUAUCCUUCAAGAAGGACGGUAGAUGUGGAACAAAACGUUGUAGAUGGAAAUCGACCCACUUAGAAAUCGGUGCAAUUAGAGACCCUAGCCCAGAUAUAAUAGGGCGACCAGGUGGUUUUUCAAGCGAUUUAUGCACCUUAGGAAGGUAAUAAAAAAUAGGGAUCUCCCCUUGAGCUGAGAGAAAAAAAUUCCUCUCUUACUUAUCAAUGGCUCCAUGUAGAAAUGCUGAUUCUAUGAGAUCUCUCAGUUCCUUUCUGAAGCAUAUAGUAGGGUCUGACCCUAAAAUCUCAUAGUACUCUAAAUUCCCCAAAAUUCGCUCAGCUUCCUGUAAAUAAUCCACUCUGUCCAGCAGGACAAUACCCCCUCCCUUAUCUGCCCCUUUAAUAAUAAGAUUAUGAUUAUUCUUUAGGCUAUUAAUAGCUGCUCUCUCAGAUGCCUCCAAAUUAAUACACACUCGAUCUUUUUUCUUUUUAUAAUCAGCGCAAAGAACUUUCAGAUCUUUCAGGACUAGUUCAUAGAACAUUUGUAAAUAAGGACCUUUAUCUCCCUGUGGAUAAAAGGUCGAGGGUUUUUUUAAACCAGAUGGAAUAUUGGACUCGAGUAUACAGAUAAGGUCAUCCUUCUCUUCUUGCAAAUCCUGUUCUUCUAAUAAUGAGACAAGAUUAUGAAAAAUAAUUUUAUCCUGUGGGGUAUUUAAGGACUUUGGACAAUUUUCUCUGCCCUUAGCAUCCCUAAGAUUAAAAGAUCUGAUAACCGUAAGUUUUCUAAUAAAGUGGUUCAGAUCUUUAAACAAAUCAAUUAUGUUUGGUAAUCUAUCGGGGGCAUACUUAAGUCCUUUAUUCAGAAGAGAAAUUUCCCCAACAUUUAGAUUGUAUGUUGACAGGUUAAAUAAACCUUUAAUCAAAGGCACCUCAUUUUGGCGGGACUGUUUUCCCCUUCCCCUCGUUCCUCUACGAAAGCCCCCCUCCUUUUCUGGGGGCGUUUGAAUAAAGGGAAUGUUUUGUCUUUUUCCAUUUGGGGAAGUGAUUCUAAAAAAUCAUCAUCUGUAUGAUCUAUAACAUGCUUUCUAUGUGGAUAGAUCUUCUUGGGUCUCGCCCCCAAACCACCAACCAAAUCAACCCCAACCUUUGGUACCCCCUCUGCUUUAUCGGGACGAGAAUUACGUCCCAAAGGGAUAUAAUUAGGGUUGGGUGAAUAGUUGUUAUAACGUGGUGGGGGCGGCAUAGGAUUCUUUUUUAUUUUUAUCGCUGUUUUCUCCCCAUAAACCGUAGAACGAGAUCCUUUUCCAUAACGGGGAUUUCUCACAAUAUCAGCAUAUGACCCAAUCUUCUGUUUAAAUCCCCCUUUUGGAGAUAAAUGAGAGCGGGUAAGACUACCUUCCUUAUAUCCUACUGGAUGGUUAUAAGUGGAUCUGGAGCUGCGUUUACGUUGCCAGCUCCUAACUUGUCCAUUUUGAUAAUCAAGUUUAUCCCUCUGAAAUUUUUUCUUUUUACGCAUAAUGAGCUCCUUUUCGAAACUAAUUAGUUUCUGAUUGGUGGCCUCAUCUAGCUUAGAAAUAACAGACGACUGCUCUUGAACAGAGCCUAUCCGUCCUUGUAAGUCCUUAAUACUCUUUUCCGUAACACAAAGCCUGGAUUCUCUAUAUCUAAUUAAAAUAUCCAUAAGUAUAAAAGAGCAGGUAUCUAAAGCCCCCAGCCACUCCUGUUCUAGAGGUAUAUUAUCAUUAAAAAAUGGUAAGUUUUUUACCCCGGGACCUGAACCUUUCAUUGUUGAUUAUGAUUUAAUGUAGACCAAAAGGGAGCAGGGGUAUAACUUUUUUAGAAAAUAGAAGGCAUUUUUUUGUUUUUGUUUUAAUUCUUUAUUUUUGCUGUGCACAUUAUAACAAACAGACUUGCGCUGCCACGACAGUAAGAGCAAGUACUAGAAAAUGAGACAUAAGGAGACAUUGUCAUGGCAUCAUAAGCUACUGCACAUUUUUAAGAAAUAAAUAAAAAAGAUCUGUGACAGAAUGAAGCAUAUUGAGAGUAAUCCCCAUGGAGGCUCCCCUAAUAACAAGAUGACGAGAAUAGUGAGUCAAAACAAAGAGCUGGAAAGGAUGCAUCAAAGCUAACUAAAGCACAACACACGAGAGACCCCUACCACCAUGUUAAUUAGCUUGAAGUGGGGAAAUAGAGCUCUCCGUGUUCCCUGUACUCUGUGCACCCUAUGCCCUUAAUGGGCAAAGCAAAGUUCAUCAUCUUUUGGGAGCUGCCAAUUUCGGAGAGAGGUAAGGCAGGAGCAUGUCUUGGGAAGUCCCUAUGUGUGACAGCAGAGCAAUACCAGGAAAGGGCAGGAACCCAGGAAAAUAUGGUGACUCGCAGUACUGUUUCGCCGACUUGUUUGCUUUCGGAGGCCCAGUCUCUUUCCCACAGGGGGUACCUGAAGGAUCUUGAUGCUAGUUGUCGAUUUAUGCGGGAGAUCUUCUGUCCACACAGAUAACUCACAGAGCCUUUGCUUCGAGUGGUCCUUGGCUCAGGUAAGCCUUUUGUAGGGCAAUAUGCUGCCAACAAGGUUUUGAUGUGAAAAUGCUUAUCAAGCUGUUGUAGGAAGCGUUCAAUGGAGUCGCAGGAGGCCCUCUGGGCUGGAUUUGGGCCACAUGGGUCAGAGAGGGAGGCAUCCACCAUCUUAGAAAGUCAGGGCUCGACCACACAGGGACUCAUGAGGCUUGGUAGGUGCAGCUGAGAUGGCUUGAGGGUGUCCAGCGGGGACCGGGAUAUCCCCCACCUGCAAAGGGGUGUAGGGGGUUUAGAAAUGUAGCUGGUCUAUUUUUUAAACUCUGGAGAGUGGGGAGAGUGGCCUCCUCUCUCCCUUUCUGUCGUUAGUAGACUGCUACAAAGUUUUUAGGGUUCCCGGCGAUGUAGAGUGUCAGUUGAGGUAUCAAGAAGCUCGCCUGGGAACCCCUGACUUAGGCAGUCUUUGUGGCUUGGUGGCCAGGUUAGCACCCAAAAAAUUGACAAAUUGUCAGAAGCUUGUGCACUGCACUUCUAGAAAGCAUGAAGGUUAAGCUCCACCACCAGUAGAAGGCAUUUUUGGAAGAACUCAUUAUCAAUAAACUAUUCUCAAAGCCAGGAAUUAUAGUGAAUUGACAAAGAUUUGCAAAUUCUAAGCCAAAAUAGUUAGAAUGUAAUCUCAUUCCCCUUAGAAUGUAAGCUCAUUAGAACAGGGUCCUCAGGACCUUCUGCUCCCGUACAUUCAACUUGUCUUCUUGCAAAUUCUUGUUUGUUAGUCAACCAUACAACACUCUAUAAUAUUGUGGCUCUUCAUAAAUAAUAACAUAGUUGUAUUCCCUAAAAUGUCCAAGUCAGCUGCAUUCCUAGCUUGACUAAAAUUUGUGAUUCUGGAAUUUUAAAUUUAGAGAAUAACUUUACGUGGGUUCAUUUUCAGAUGUCCUGUUUUAUGACAAGGCAGGCAGAUGCUUGGAACAGCCUUCUAAAUAGUACAAAAUCACCUGUAGAUUCAAUCUGGCUAGCAAUAACUAAACAGGAUAAUGAGAUGUUAUGGAGCGACUAGUUUGAUUCUGCAGUCACACUGAGAUAGAAUAUAUUCUCAGAGUUCACAGGGAAGUCAUUCUGAGGCUAGAUUCAAUUUCUGGACCAAUGAACUUCUCUAAAAAUUAGAAGAAAAGAGGUGGAUAUAUUUAUAAAGCUAGCAGUUUAUUUACUAAACAGUUAUUUGUGAAGGUAUGAAGGCCAGUUUUGGUUAAUUAGAAAGAUAUACUCUACACUGCUGUGAGAAAGUCUUUACUUCUUGUCUGGUUUUCUCUAUAUUUGUGUUUGUGUCACAAAGUGUUUUCAUAUAACAUGUGAUAAGACAAAGAGAACUCAAUUAUUUAAAAAAUGUGUUUUUAGUGAUAAUUCCAAUUGUUUUAAGGAAUACUCCAAGCACCAUAACCACUACAGCUCACUUUUGUUGCGAUUCACACUGUUUUUGAAUGGUUUGACUUACCAGGGAUUCAAUGGGCACCACUCCUCCACUACUAAUGCCAGAGAGCCAGAUGAGCCUAAGCAGGAACUUCUGUUAGCUUUCUUGUGCUAUUCAGGGUCUCUCUAACCUCAACUAAAGUUAGUGUUAUCGAUUCAAUAUAAGAAAAAUAUUAAAUAAAAGAGACCAUAGGCAAAAUUGGGAUUAAGUACAAACCCCCUGUUAACUCAAAGAAGCAUUAAAAUAAAAGAUUAAAUGCAUUGUAAACUUGACAUUUGGCCAGUAGAAUGUGGACUUCUCCUUUCCCUCCUUGGCUAGAAUAAAUGUCUGUGCAGCAAGAUAUGCUGGGUGUAAGCAACACUUAUUCACUAAACAUUGAAUUGUUGUAAAAUGAAAUUCAAAAUUUAGAGUAGGACAGCCAGGCUAAAUGUCUUCCAAGACGGUAGUUCCAGUAUUUUUCAGUUUGGCUUUCAAGCAAUUUAAUGUUGAGUGAAUAAACCUCUGCAGAAGUCUGUAUUGAAAGCCAUAUAUUGUAUAAACUUCUAUUAGAAUGCUAGGAAGUAAAGAAUUAUAGAGAAUUGACAAAGAUUUGCAAAUUCUAAGCCAAAAUAGUUAGAAUGUAAGUUCAUUCCCCUUAGAAUGUAAACUCAUUUGAACAGAGUCCUUAGGACCUUCUGCUCCCCUAAAUUCAACUUCUUCAAAAUUCAAAGUCUUCUUGCAAAUUCUUCUUUGUUAGUCAACCAUACAACACUCUAGAAUAUGAAGCUUCUCCAAUAAAGGAUGUUCAAUGAAUAUUCAACCUCAUUGAACAUCCUUUAUUGGAGAAGCUUCAUCUCACAUUCCCGGGUGGGGGACAUACCACCUAUGCUGUUAAGGAUUAAGAAAUACCAGUUUGCUCACUCAUUGUGAGUAUAUCUCCUUUUUUAUUUUAUUUUUGUUAUUUUUAUAUUCUCCGCAUAUCACUGGAGCAUCAUCCUGGAUACACAACGUGGGUUACUGGCACAAAGACACCAUACCAGAGGGGACCAGGGCCAUCUAUAGAUCCACAGACGGGAUUAUACCGUCCAAACGCUGUGAUCUGGAGCUGAUCUAUAGCUCCAUAAAAGUGUGAGUGCAAUACUUUCCCUUAUUUUUGCCUCUACUUCUUCCAUAGAAACUACACUGUAUUUGCAUUCCUGUCCCAUUUUGUUUUUUCUUUCAUAUGGCUCCAUUGGAUUCUACACAAGGAUUUUUAUCUGUAAAGCGCUGCUUCCCUACACUCCCCGUAGUAUAUCUGUACAGAUGGGUUUGUGUCAAGAUACCAUGCCACAUAUUUGUUACUGAUUAUAUUAAGCAUUCCACACUUAAAGCUUGUCUAUGAGCAUUAGAUGGACCAUUGUACACAGUUUAAACAUGUAUUCCUGACCCAAUAGUGUUAAAAACACUAUCUAGUCCCCUUACCCUCCUAUAUAUAGUAAUUUCUUACCUUUAUUCCAGUCUGCUGCUGGCUCUGUCUCUGAUCUGCCUCCUUAGCUGACCUAAAAGUGUUGAUCUGAGCCAAUCACAAUGCUUUUCCACAAGAAAGUUUUGGCUUGGCUGAGCUUGUCAGGGAGGCAGAUCGGGGCAGAGCCAGCACAAGCCAAAUGCAGCUCUGGCCAAUCAGCAUCUCCUCAUAGAGAUACAUUGAAUCAAUGCAUCUCUAUGAGGAAAGUUCAGUGUCGCCAUGCAGUGGGUGAAGACACUGAAUGGCAGUGCUGCCCCAGGAAGCACCUCUAGCACCCAUCUGAGAAGUGGCUAGUGGAGUUAUCAAUAGGCUGUAAUGUAAACACUGCAUUUUCUCUGAAAAAACAGUGUUUACUGCAAAAAGCCUAAAGGGACUGAAUAUACUCACCAGAAAAAAUACAAUAAGAUUAUACUCAUACAGAACAAAUACAUUAGUGUCCCUUUAAAGUAUAUAACAUAAAUAUAUUUAAAUAUCUAUCGCUAGAAUGUGUUAGUUAUACAAUGCUAAUUGUCUUGACUUAGGGCAGAGCAUGUCCACUUAAUUGCUACAAAAUAAUUUUUCCAAAAAUAGAAAACAAAUGAAGAUAUAGUUUUGCCUAUUAUCAGUAUGCAGAAUUAUUUUCUUAGGUAACGUAGAUUUUCCAAAUUGGGACAAUGGGACAAAGUGCUUCUACAGUCCUUGUCGGUGAAUUUAAUAAUAAUUUCUGUGCUCCUGAUCUAUCGGAGAAAGGACAGAGGAAAGCAGUUGAUAGUUGUUUUGGUAGCUGUUAUGGUAUGAUCUCUCUAGGUCAAGGUAUUCAGGAUUUACGUAGUGGAGAGCAAAACUGGGUUUUGCUCAAUCCUUAUAGCUUGAGUGGUGUGUUCCCCACCAAGGAAUAUGAUGUCAGGAUCUUCUGAAUAAAAUAUUCUGGACAAAAUCAGGAAGGUCCAAAUAUGGCUAAAAAUAACUACAUUUAUUGACAAUAAAGAUUAAAAUCACAAAAGGAAUAAACACUAACGCGUUUCGCCAAAGAUUACAGGCUUUCUCAUAGUGUUCAUGAUUAUAUAGACUGUGUUUUCAAGGAUGUUUUUGCACCAUUGAAGGUUGGUGUUCACAGAUAUAAAUAAUAUAAAAAUGAACCUACAAUAUAUUUUAGAUUACAUGAAUUUCCACCACUUUACAAAGUUGUAAUUUUUUUAUAAUUCCUUUUCCUUUCUUCAUUGUAAUCAGUACAGGACAUUGCCUAUCCGAUCCAUCCUUGGUUGGUGGUUGGCUCUAUAGCGAUACUAAAUUCUCAGGCAAUUAAAGCAAUGACUUGACCACAAGCAGAAUCCCUUCCUUCAUGUCUCUAGAAAGACCUUGAAAAUAAUUAGCUGUCUUUGUAGUGAAAUCUAUGUAUAUUUAUUAACAUGUGCUAAUAUUUCUCAUAACAUAAUUUGGUCUGUCAGAAAUUCACUAUAGCUGUCACUCUUUCUUAUUUCAAGAUUUGAGUUUUUAGAGCUGUUAGCUAAUUAUGGAUAUACAUAUAAGAUGUCUACAACCUAGGAUUGAUCCCUUACCUAUGGUUUUGCAUUUCACGGCUCUUUACAAACCUGCCAAUUAGACGAAAGAUAUGACUUAAAGCUGAUCUGGCAUUUAAAAUAUUUAUUUUUGCUAUAUAUUAAUGAAUAAGCUAGAGUUUAAAAAAAGAACCAUCUGUAUGGUAAUUCUGUUUCUCAAACCAUUUUGUGGAACUCUGGAUAUUUCAACUGAUAUACUUGUGCUUGUCCCUGCUUGGAGAGAUAGAUAUGGAUAUAAUAUAGAUAAAUAAAUCUUGAUGGCUUAUUCUGUAACUAGUAUUUGGAGAGGAGGAGAUACAGACAAGCUUCUAACAUAAAUGAUUUCAUGGUGGGAAGAUUAAAACAAAUUACCAAUACAUAGCUGAUACAAAACCAAGACAAAACCGAGACAUUAUGUAUGCUCUAAGCCUCCAUGCAAGGUUUUGGUAUUUUUUAAGUGAAAGGUUUACCUUAAUAUGAAGAAAAAAUUUGAACUGUUUGAGAUUUUAUCACCAUUGGGACUAGAAUGCAAUGUAUGUAUUAUUUGGCCAAUGGACUUCUUGUUUCUCUUACUUUCUGGCCUAUAGGACACUAUAAACCCUAUUGGAAAUAGCUAUAAAUAAAGCAAUGACAUUGAAUGAUUAAGAUUGAUUUUUCUGAUUUCUCUUGCAGGAGGCAAACAAUUAUGGAAUUUUCCAGCAGUGUAAAACUACCAGUGUCAAACUGAAAGUGGACAUCAAAACCUGUCCAGAAGGCACAAGAAGUCGCCAUGUUUUCCGAUAAAAAUACCCAAAAACCUGUUCAGAAAAAGACAAGACCCCAUGGCUUACCCUCUCCUGCUCUGUGUUGUGCCUGUGGACUGUGCAUCAUGCUCGCUGGGAUAAACAUUACAUUGGUAGGGGCUUUUGCCUUUGGGACAUUUCUGCCGUUGGACAAUCCUCCCAUCAUCAUUGGACCUAUUCUGCUGGUUGUUGCUUUUGCAUUCUUUGGAGCGUGCUGCAUUUGUAGUCGUCGGCCACCAGCCUAUGGCACAAGGAAGUCCAAGCCAGGCUCCAAUAUUGGUUUUAUUAAACCAGGUAAUGCAGCCUUUGAGAUCGAAACAAGCGAACACACAGUGCAGGACACCACCGCAGUUCAACUUAGUCCAACCAAUUCCCCAGUCUCUUCUCGGAAAUCUUCUCCCACUCAUGAGAACUCUAAAAUGUGCAAACUUUUCACCAUGGAGGGCAAUGGGCCAGUGGCUAAAUACAAUGCAGGAGGGGAAUCUAUACAGCUUAACUUACCCAGAGACCCUGCCACUUAAACUCGUAAUGUUCUAGGACACAUUACAAAGUUUCUUAAUACUGCUGGAGCUGGAGUCAUCGUCCGUAGCCAGCAGUUCGGUUGCUGUGAUGGCUUUAAGGAAUGGAGCAGUUACAAAGCAAGUUUAGAAAUGAAUUCAUGGAGCUCACUGACGAAGCAUUAAUUGUUUGCUUAGGUGGCUAGAGCGAAGAGGUUUUUCCAGUCCAUGGCAAAUAGUUAACACAGUGAAGAUAUUCAUUUGCCUAUAAAACUUGUGGUGGUAUUUAUUUAUUUUAAUUGUUAGCUGUUUUCUAAAAAAUAUGCUGCCCAAAUAUUUUUAUUCUGUUUCAAGUCAAAGAAGAAGUGUUUGUUUUGGUUAAAAUGGUUGUGUGAUGUUAUACCAAUUCUGUCUUGUUUAUAUUUUAAACAGAUUUGUUUUGGGUGUAGUUUUGUUGCAAGUAACUUAGAGUGGAC